AAAAUAAAAGAAUUUAUUUGCAUUUUAAAAUUUUAGUUACAUAAAUAAAAAUUUAAAUAACAAGAGCGGAGAUUUAUCAGUGAAGGAAAUUUAAAUAAAAUUGCGUACCUGGCUUUUUUAGCAAUUCAGGGAUACAUGUACAUCCCAGGUUUGCAAGAAUAACUGAUGCCCCGAGUAGAUAAUGCGUAGAUGAUAAAAAUAUUUCCUGAAUGGAGUAUUGUCGAAAUCGCUAAUCGUAAAAAGAAAAAUUGAAAUCGGUAUUGCAAUAAAUUGCGAAACUGGAGCUAUUGUACGCCUAAUUGGACCAUUAAAGGAGCAGUAAACAGUAAGGUGAAAACGCUACAAAAUAAUAACAUAUAGAGAGGCAAAAACGCACUGCUGCUUUAAGUAGUUUUGCUGCACGGAUACCAAAAUCCCUAGCAAUGGGACAACUUAUGGGAAAGCUAGCGGAACCGCUACAGCACUGCAGCGACAGUGUCGUGAAUAUAUUGGCUGGAAGACGCAAGCGAAAACGAUCCAUAGACUCACGGAGUUCCUCAGAUGACCUCAAGAACAACGAAACGCAAUCGCCAAAGAAGAAAAAACUACUUACCACCACACAAUAUAUUUAUCAAGCUCUUUUUAAGGAGCAAACAAAUUCGGAUAUCGCCGUAAUGGCUCUGGGCAAAGUUUGGAAUCUACACAAGGUGUAUCUAUGCCAGAGUCCAUACUUUUAUAGUAUGUUUAACGGCUCAUGGAAGGAGUCAUGUCAGGACUUCGUGCACAUAAAAAUUUUAGAUGAUCGCAUCACGUUGGAAGCACUGGAUGCCGUUUUUGGUUCCAUGUACUCUGACGAGAUAGAAAUCGAUCCAAAGGCUGUAAUUUCGGUAUUAGCCACCGCAACACUCUUCCAUUUAGAUGGCAUUAUUGAUAAAUGCGCCGAAGUGAUGAUUGAAUCCAUCAACGCGGACACUGCCAUAUGUUACUAUGAAGCGGCUUGCCAGUAUGGAAGCGUGAAUGUAAAGAAGGCUGCUAUGGUGUGGUUGGAAACUAAUUUGCUAUGUAUAUACCCCAAAGACGACCUCUUAUUGCGGCAGAUAAGUAUCGAGUUAAUGACGAAGUUAAUAGCCAGCCCAGAUUUGUACGUAAUGCAGACCGAGUUUUCGUUGUACACACUGCUACGAACGUGGAUGUAUCUGCAUUUGAAUCCGCAGUAUGACUCUGAUAACAAUUCUGAUGCCUUUUUGGCCGCAACUGGGGGCAGAGACAGGGGUCGAAGCUGUAGUAGUGGGAGUACCAAUAGCAGCAAAAGUGGCGGCGACAGUCCAUCUCUUGCAGACCUCAUACAAGCUUUCUUCGGAAACCGCAGCGAAAGGCGCCCAUUCCUGGCCACACCUGAAGGUCAACAAUUCGUUCCUCCAUUCCAAGCGCUACGCACGCAGUACUUAACCAAUCAUCACACAGAUUUAAAGAUCGUACUUAAUGAUAAUAUCAUUCCAAAGGAUUGGCUGCAUAGCCACGUACUAAGCCACUGGCAUUCAAUUUUAAAGGUCGACCACCUGCCGGAGGAGGGACCACAAAACCUUGAGCCUGAUGCCUUCUACAAAAAUUGUAUGCGUUGCGGUCGCAUACUUCUUGAACCCGGAUAUCAGAAAUGGCGUUGGACAGGUUUCAAUUUCGGCUUGGACCUCGUAUUAGUUGCUGACUCACGCCUGCUCAGCAUACGCCGACAUCAUCGCAAUGAACAUGAACGUUUACUCAGUCUUCAAACUAAGAGGCAAUUUAUGAUACGCACAUCCGUAACAUCUAUAAAUUCACAGCGGCAGCCCGUAUUUACUCAAAAAACCGAGAUUACCUCACUCAGCUUGGAAAAGAAUCAAGAAGUGACGAUAAUGCUUAUGGACACGAAGCUGGUGCACCCGCUGCUCAUAUCGGUGAAUCUCUUGGUGGUACCACCGACGUCGCAACUAUUUAAGCAGCAUGUGCUCAACAACGAAGAUAUGGCUAAUUCAGCAGUUCCUAUUUCGGAAAUUGGUGCCAACUGCAAUCCUGCUGGUGAUGCAGCAUCUUUGCAACGACCAAGCACACCAAUAAAUGCAACCACUUCGGGCGACCGGAUGAUAACGGCAGCAGAUGAUUCAGCAGUGUGCGUUGUACCACCUUCGCCACCAAAUGCACCAUCAGUGCCAAGACUGCCGCCAACACAUCGAGCUGCUUCUACAACUUCCACUGUGUCAACGGCUUCUUCAGUAGCGUCUGUGGUGUCGGCGGCAUCGUCAUCGGCGUCGGACUUUGUAUAAUAUUUUAACAGAGUAAAGGAGCUUGUUUCCUCAUAAGUUAUGGAUGGAUACGUCUUAUACGUUCCACUAAAAAAAUCGUGUGUUCAUAUUUUGCUUUCGUUUAAGAAUUAUUUGUACACAUAUUUACCAUGAAUUUUGCUAUAUGUACAUACAUAUGUAAAUGUCUACAUAAUAUUGUUCUAAAGACUUUUGAGAAUUUGUAAUUUAAUUAUUAAUUAAUGCUAAAAUUAUGCACAAAAAUCAACAUUUUAUUUAAAAGAAAUUCAUGGAAAAACCUGUCGGCUUAUUAACGCGUUGAAAUCUUAAAAUUCGUUUGCUCCUGUUAUGUAUUUGAUUUUGAAAAAUUUGUUAUAACAUGUAAUUACCGAAUAUUAUGCAAAUGAUUUUUUAAAUUUCUGUAAAUUUAUAACAAUUUCUGCAUUUAGCUUAGAAAGUACAUAAUUAUAUAUCUCGGUUUGAAUAAAUCGAAUUCGUUUCGCUGGAAUUGCACCUAUAGCAAGCGUGGCAAUUCUUACAGAAUUAAAAUAUAUAUAUCUACUGUAAAUAUAUUUAUACUUGAGUCGAAGAAAUUCAUAUGAAUAUAUAAAAUAUAUCUAUAAAAAACCUAUCAAUAUAUGCUAACUCUUUUUCUACUAUUUAACAAGUAAGUUUUAAGCAAGAAAUACAACUGACUUCAAUGCUCAUAUAAAACUUUAGUAUAGACCACACCCUGGGUACCACCUUUCCGAUCAAAAUGAAUAAUCGAAAACGGUCCACGUGGUCUAGAGUUAUCUGGUAAAACACAUUAAAAAAUUCCGAUAAAUUAAUAACCUUCCUUUUCUUUUUGAAGUCGGUUAAAAACAUAUACACAUAUGUAUGUACACUUAUGUUAUCGCACAAAUAAUAUAUGAAACAAUCUUUGAAAAUAA